AUGAAAAAUAAUGCCCUGCCGUCAUUUCGGCAACGUGGGCUUUCUCUCUCGAGCCUCAACGUACCACGACGAUACCAUCUCCCCAUCAUCUUAUUACGAACAUUAUGUUUUAUACCGUCGGUGCUGGGCACCUUAUACAAUACACAGCAAGCAUGGGGCGUGCCAAUACGAGAUUCUGGUGGCGCUAUAACAUUAAAAAGCACAGAGAGUGAUUACUGGGUUGCUAGUAUAUGGUGCGUACUAGCUGGUUAUUGGAGUUGGAUCUUGACGACGAGCAUGAUGAGACGAUGGUUAUAUCAUUACGAAAUCAGCAAUGCCAUUGUACGAUUAUUAACACUGACGUUCGUCAACUGGUCGAUUUCAGCGUUCGUGUGUUCGAAAAUCGAAUCGGAUCGGCCCAUUCGGAUCUGGAUGACGAUUUGCCUGAUACUUUUAAUAUCGAACGUGCUCAAACUUUGUUUUGGCACUAGCCCAAAAUAUCAUCAAAAAACGGAGGAUGUGCUACAGAGCCCUGUACGGAUCAAUCUUAAAUCGACAGCUGUCAAAGUGUUGGUGCUGCCAUUAACCGUCGUUACAUUUUUGACCACGUUUGUCGCCUUGCAGCAACUGGACGGACUUCAAUACACGACAAGCCAACUCAUGAUGCAUCAACCUUUUGGAUUAAAUCAUAAUGAUUUGUCUAUUGCAACAACAACAACGGCAGCGAUAUCGUCGUCAACCAUGCUCAUCUUGAUCAUAUCAUCUUGGUCACCCGAGGCAUUUGAACGACGGCAAAUGCUGCGCAAAACGGAUCUUAAGUUGGCAAUGGAUAGCAAUAAUAAUAAUAACAAUGUCGCGUACCGGUUUGUCAUUGGACAACCACCGUCAGCACGGUCGCAGAUGCUUAUGGGCCCACGGAUUGAAAACGAGUCGGAAACGUAUCGUGAUAUGUUGUUAGUGCCUGCAUCAGAUUUGCACACUGACAAGAGCCGAAAGGUGUUUGAGGCAUUCCGGUGGUCACUGAAAUUCAAGUAUGAUUACCUGGUCAAGUCGGAUGAUGAUGUGUUUGUUCGUUGGGAUACGGUAAAGAACGAAUUGCGUGCGCUUGGUCGACAGUCCGCAUAUUGGAAGGGAUUGGUAUACAGAAACAUGGCGCCAGAUGCUUUGGGUGUGGACAAGACCAUCAAUGCGGAUUAUCCCUUGCCUAUUUUACCCUCAUACACCUCAGGAACAAUGUACAUACUCUCUCAAGAUGUUGUCAAUCUUAUUGUGGGGAUCGACUCGCCGCAACGAUUUGUAUCAGCUGAAGAAAGAAAUCUUGGUAUUUGGUUAUUCGGCUACAACAUCAAUCCUAUCCACGAUUACCGAGUGCAGGAUGGCAGUGCUUGCGAGCAAAAUCAAAUUGCCAAACGGUUCAAAAACAAAAAACUGGGCGAAAUGCAGACCAUGUAUGACAACAUCAUCAAUGGACGUGAGCAAUGCACGAGUCUGGACACCAGCACUUGUGGUCUGUGCUAUCCAUGUCGCGACAAAAAGGACGAUUGGCGGGCUUCGAGCUUAUCAUGCGAUCAGUUCAAAGGUGUCACUGACCGUCAUUCAUCCCCCUAUCUCAAGGUGUCUGGGCCUGAUGUCAAGGAUACACUAGCACCUUCGGUGGUAGGUGAAAACGAUGAUUGGAUUAUUGACGGUCUGCUUUCGCAACGUACAUCAAAAUUCUCGGAGACAGAUGAUUGGCAUUUACUGUACUGGGUGUGUUGGACGAGCGAUCCAUCAACGUUUACGGAUCGACACUGGCGUGCUUUAGAAUUGGUGUGGGUACAUGAACCCCGUGCGGUCAUUUUCAUGAUUUCCAACACGCUGCCCAAGGACUUUUUCCAAGACUACACCCAUCACGGCUAUGAGAUCCACGUGGUUCACUUUAACAAGGAAAAUCUGUUGAACUGGCACUGGUACUUUGGACCAGGCACAUUGGACUGGUUGCGCGAUUGGGAUAAAUGGGAAAACGGCAAGUUCUUUUACUGGCACUUGACGGAUUAUAUUCGCUGUCUUUUAUUGUACAACUAUGGUGGCACCUACAUGGAUAUGGAUGCGUUGUGGAUCCGCGUUCCACCAGACCACAAUCUCGAGUUUAUCGGCUCCGAUUAUUCAAGCCUGAUCAGCGACCGCGAAUGGACAUUGGACGACGAAGGUCUGUAUCUGCCACAAGGAUUAAUGCGCUUCAAGCGUGGUUGGGCUCUUUUCCGCGAAAUGUGCGAGUCUGCAUUCUCUUCUUACUCGUACGACCCUGAAUGUUUCAAUUGCCACGGUCCCAAGGCUAUCACAUCUUACGUUCGCGAGCAUCGCGCUGCACUAGAACUGGCUGGCUUCACCAUCUUGCCACGCGAAGUUUUGUAUCCGGCCAGCUACUUGGAAAUCCAUCGAUAUUUGCUUGCCAAUCCGCUCGCUGAGCAAGAACUCAAGACCAAGAUUGUCGUCAACAGCUGGAACAUCCAUUUGUUUGGCAAAAUGACAAACCAUCUACCUAUUGAAAAGGGUAGCUUGGUUGACCUGGUACUUCGCCGCUUUGAUCUGGACAUUCCACACCGUGAUACGGCAACAAACAAUGCUGUCAUCAGUUCAACAGGUGCAUGGACUGUCCCUAUGCGACUUGUUGGACCUCGAAACUACAUUUACCGAUACAUGUCGCCAUUCACUCAUAUUCCCCAAGAAUCCACCGACUCCCGUCGUCGCGCAUUGCAACAACCUGCGGCAGGACGAUUCCAAGGCCUUGAUCGAAUCUAUGUACGUGGUGGACCGUCGGUUAUAGACAAGGUACAAGUGACACUCGAGGUGGCGUUUGGUAAACUCAAAAUCGGUGUACCAGCAUCGCCGGAUUUCAUCAAGGAUACAAUCGAACUGAAGGAUGCAAGUCAAAAAGAUAUCAACGUAAUACUCAACAGCCUGGUCUAUUCGCCAAGUCCAUUAUUAGCAGCAAAUGGCGGACGAGACCGGAUGAGUGUUUUGGUCGAGUACAGUGAUGGUGAACGUGAUGAGGUUUUAGUGGAUGUCAUUGUAGUAGAAUCAGAGGAAGAUGGGGAAAUAUAG